CUCUGACACCAGCCAAAUUUGCAUCGGCAAAAUUCUGGAAUGUGACAAGCCUUAUCAAAAUCGCCCUUAAUGUUAUAAAGCGAAUGAGUAAAUUGAGGUGAUUACGGGUGCAACGGAAUUUCAGAUCUUCAAACUAGAUUUUUGACCGGUCGUCAGAGAGUAAAUGGACAUCCAACAGUCUUCGAAUGUUGCCACGGAAUUGGUUGACCCCGAUUCCACAGAAAUCAAGAUGGACGACCACACAGAACUGUGUGUUGCUGAUUAUUACAAAGGAAGGAAGAUAUUUGUGACAGGAGCAUCUGGUUUUGUUGGCAAAGUGUUGAUUGAGAAACUGUUGAGGUCAUGUCCAGAAAUAGACAAAAUCUACAUUCUGAUGCGUCCCAAGAAGUCGCAAGACAUUCACCAAAGGACAGAGGAGCUGGUCAAAUCGAAAUUGUUUGACAAGCUACGGAUGUUGUUACCCCACUUUGACCAGAAGAUCCACCCAGUGCAGGGCGACAUAUCCCUCCCUAAUGUGGGGCUCUCUAGUGACACGGCUCUCCUCGUUGACCAUGUCGACAUCAUCUUCCACAGUGCUGCCACAGUUAGAUUCGAUGAACCUCUCAGGUUAUCCACAGAGAUGAAUGUGGUUGGGGUGAGGAAGAUGAUUGAACUAGCCAAGAAACUGAAACAUCUACAGGUGUUUGUCCAUGUGUCCACUGCCUACGCCAACUGUGAACGACCCUACAUAGAGGAGACCGUCUACCCUACCAUCGUCCAGCCACAGAAGCUCAUUGAUGCUCUAGAAUGGAUGGAUGAUGAGAUGGUAGACAUCGUCACCCCCAAGUUGCUUGGCAACAAGCCCAACACCUACACCUACACCAAGCAGUUGGGGGAGACGUUGCUGGUGACAGAGGGCGCCGGCCUGCCCAUAGCCAUCGUACGACCAUCGAUAGUUGGGGCAGCCUGGAAGGAACCUCUCCCUGGUUGGAUCGACAACUACAAUGGGCCAAGUGGUCUGUACAUUGCAGCAGGGAAGGGAAUCUUGCGGUCAAUGAAGGGGGAUCACAGUGCCGUGGCGGACAUCAUACCAGUGGACACCGUCAACCUGAUGAUCACCUCCCUACACUGCUGUGUACCAACCCAAACAGACUGGUACACUGCCACCGUCAGUCAACCCAAACCUGGGGAGAUGGCAUUGGAUCAGUCAACCCCUUCACCUGGGGAGAUGGGUAGGUUAACAUGGUGUAGCACCGGAUCAGUCAACCCCUUCACCUGGGGGGAGAUGGGUAGUCAACCCCUUCACCUGGGGGAGAUGGGUAGGUUAACAAGGUGCAUCACCAGAUCAGUCAACCCCUUCACCUGGGGGGAGAUGGGUAGGUUAACAAGGUGUAUCACCAGAUCAGUCAACCCCUUCACCUGGGGGGAGAUGGGUAGGUUAACAAGGUGUAUCACCAGAUCAGUCAACCCCUUCACCUGGGGGGAGAUGGAAUCUGUUGUAAUUAACUUCUACAAGCGAACCCCACUAGAUGACUGCUUCAGGCGACCCAACGUAGCAUUAACAAAUAACAGCUUCCUCCAUGACUACUGGAUGUUCGUGAGUCACAUGAUACCAGCGUACAUGUACGACCUUGUCUUCAAACUGGUGGGCAAACAGCCAAGAAUGGUGAAGACCUACAACAAGCUACACAAGUCAUUGGACAUCUUGACCUACUUCACCAGCAACUCGUGGGAGUGGACAUACACCAACCUGGACAUGUUGAAGAGUAAACUGACCACACAGGACCUCAAGACAUUUUACUUUGACCCACGCCCCUUGCACUGGCCGACCUACAUCGAGAACUACUGUCUGGGGGCCAAGCAAUAUCUCCUGAACGAAGACCUGGCUGGUCUGCCAGCUGCCCGGGCCCACCUCCGCAAAUUGAGGAACAUACGCUACAUGUUUAACACAGUGACGGCAAUAGUGUUCUGGAGAGUCCUGAUCGCGAGGUCCGACAUUGCGCGCAACGUGUGGUACCUCAUCGUUAGUCUUGUGUUCAAGUUUGUCCGAUUCUUUCGGAUCACAAGCACCAUGCAGAAGACAUGAGUGGUGGAACUACUAGACAUUUUGUAUGCAAGACCAACCCUCAUCCAACACUGACAGUUACAGAGAAAUCAUUUCAAUAUUGAUACCAUCAGUCAGACAUCAGCAUGUUCUGACUCAGUGCAUCUGUCCAUGGAAUAACUUCUAGAAUUCAGAUAUAAAGUAUAAGAUUUGUUACAAAGUUGGGAAACUGUUGAUUUGGAAUGUUGUUGCUGGUGCGGAGGACAUAUGUCCAGGGUAUAGAUUGGAAUAGUCUCAACAUGGCUAGGUAUAAUGGUUAUUUGUGAUCUUAUGUUUUUGAUGUUAUAAAUGUCUACUCAAUCAUGGCAGAAUCUAUUGACAGUGGUCAGGUCUUGGUUCUUCAUGUUGGGGGUCGAAAUUUUAUCUUGUUGAUAAACGUACAGGGGAUAACUGAUGUUGUCAGCUCUGGGACUCUUUCUUUUCCAAAUAUUUAAUUUUUGUUGGAUUUAUGAAAUCAUGGACCUUUACCUGUUAUGAAUAGUAUUUUUGCCAGUCUAAAAUAUUCAUUUCUGUUGGAUAUUUUGUAAAUGGCUAGGAUAAAUAAAACUUAUCGGUUAUU